GUUGGCCUGCAUUUGUUUGCAAACAAAGUCGAGCGGAAUGCUUUAACAAUUCUAAUGACAAUUUCAAUUUGUGUAUUCGAUCUGCAUUCGUCUAGCGAUUUAGUGGCAAACCAAAAGCAAUCCAUUGAACCACCUUGCAGCUACUUAAAAAACCUAAUAGAUUGCUGAAUUAAAUAGAAAAUCUAUCAAAAACUGUGUUCAACAACAAUCAGUGCAAAUUUUUUUAUACGCAAAAAACAAAACUUGAAUUUGUUAAUUAAGAACGCCUUAAAACAAAAACCACACACACACACACACACACAUACACAAUGGCCAAGCCAACACAGCGAGAGGGCAAUAGCAAUAACAACAGCGCUGCUGCGGCCAAUAACAACAACAAUAAUAAUAAUAAUAAUAUUAAUAACAGCAGCAGCAAAUUGAAUGGACAGCUGCCGGCGCCAGCGCCAGCGAAUACGCCGCUGAACAGAGCCAUCAAGCAUGAUCUGUUUCCGGAGGUGACGUUCUGCAAUUUGUCGGUGGAGGAGCUGGACGAUGGCGCCAGCCACAGCCGCAUGGUGCGCAAUAGCAUUUUGGCGCUGGAUGCGGAGGGCAACGUGGUAAUGAGCAGCUUAUCCAAUGGCACGCAGGUGAAGAAGCGCAAGCGUUUGAUAUCCAAUGAGUCGGGCGAUUCAAUAGACUCGAGCAGCACCGAAAAGAAAACUCCCAAGAUGCCAGAUGGCGGCUAUGGUUGGGUGGUGGUGUUUGCCUCGCUGAUGGUGUCGCUUAUAUGGGAUGGGCUGUCCUUUAGCUUUGGCCUAAUACACACUGAGCUGCUGGCUUACUUUGGUGAAUCGCCCACGAAGACCGCGUGGAUUAGUUCGUUGUUCUUUUCGGUGCCGCUGCUCAUGGGUCCCAUUUGGUCGAAUCUUGUGGAUAAGUAUGGCUGUCGCAAGAUGACCAUACUGGGUGGCGUUAUAUCCGCCUUUGGCUUUGCUAUUUCAUCCGUUUGUAACUCGGUGGAAAUGCUCAUGGUUACGUUCGGCAUCAUCAGCGGCUUGGGCUUGGGCAUAGGCUAUGUCACCGCUGUGGUGUCCAUUGCCUUUUGGUUUGACAAGAAGCGCAGCUUUGCCACUGGCAUUGGCGCCUCGGGCACAGGCAUUGGCACCUUUGUCUAUGCGCGUUUGACGCAAUAUCUGGUCGAAUCCUAUGGCUGGCGUGGCGCCACUUUGAUUCUAGGCGGCACCAUGUUGAACGCUUGUGUCUGCGGCGCGCUGAUGCGUGAUCCGGACUGGUUGAUCGAAGAGAAUCGUUUGGAGAGUCGCUCGCAGAGUGUCACUACCUUUUCCAACUCCAGCGUUUGCCUGGAGGAGAUUAAAAAGCUGCUCGACACGGGCAUCACUAAGGAGGCCGUGCUGGAUACGCUUGUAACCAAAAACAACACCGAGGCCAAUCAACAGAUUGACGAUCCCAUGGACACGGGCCUCAAGCGCUAUCGCAGCGAACUCUUUCUGCCCACCUAUCUGAGCGCCCAGGAGCUGGACAGCAUCUGCGAGGUGAAGAGUCUGAGCCGCCGCUCAUUGAGACACAAGGAAGGCGCCGAGGCGCCCUCGCGCGAGAAUCUGCUCUCCAUGUCGUCGGGCGCGCCGACGGUGCCGACAGCAAACAUUCUCGGCUCGCCGGAUGAUACGCUCAUGGGUGGCAUACCGCCCGAGGUGGCAGAGGCGGCCAAGAAGAGCUAUCUCGCCUCCAUAGAAACGCUCUCGCCCUGGGAGAAAGCGGGCACGCCACAAGGCUCGCUCCACUCCGAGAGUCUGCUGCAGGCCAAUUACGCCAGCUCACGCUACUCGCUCAAUGAGAAUAUUUUCAUGGCCCAGCGCAAUACGCCAUCGCUGUCUAAUCUCAAAACGAAUGGACAUCGUCACAAUUCCGUGGACUUUCUCAGCGAGGACAUGCACGGCUAUUAUAUGUCCACCAAGGAGGAAACUUUUACGCUGCUCGACAAGCAGCCGCGUGCGCAGCCGCUUGGCGCCGCCACUGUCAUCAGCAUACCCGAGCAUGAGCAGCAUAGCGAGUUGGCCUUGCGUCGCCAGCGCUUGGAUAGCAUAACGGGACUGCGUCGUCUGUCCAAGUCGAAGAAGCCUAGUCAGCAUCAGCGCUCGAAUCUGCGUCGGAACAUCUCCAUAAGGAACUCGAACUUCCUGAAGGACAUGCGCUUGCAUCGCAACUCGAUCAAUUAUCGUGGCGCCAUGUUGAAUACGCAUCGUUAUCGUCUGCGUGCCUCCUCCUGCCCCAACAUUUAUCGCAAUUCGAUGACGACCAUAGCCAAGGAAGAAGAGGAUACCUGGUAUGAUAAUUUUGUGGAUACAAUGAAGUCGGCCUUUGAUUUUUCGCUCUUUUCGGACAACAAAUUUGCGCUCUUCAAUCUCUCAACAUUAUUUUUGUUUAUAUGGUUUAUUAUACCCUAUCUUUAUCUGCCCGAUUAUAUGAAGAAAUAUGAUUAUGAUAUAAGCGAAAGCGCAGUGCUCAUAUCGGCAAUUGGCAUUGCACAAACUAUUGGCAUGAUUGGCUUGGGCUAUCUGGGCGAUCGCGAGUGGAUGAACAUUAACAUUUGCUACUCCAUAUGCAUGAUAGUUUGUGGCGCCUCUGUAUUCUUUAUGCCCUGGCUGAUAACGAGCUACAAUGGACUGAUGACCAUGUGCAUCAUCUUUGGGUUCACCUUUGCCAGCUCGUUCUCGUUUACACCCAGCAUACUGGUCAGUAUUGUGGAUCUGGAUGAUUUCACGUGUGCCUAUGGUCUGGUAUUGCUCGUACAGGGUGUGGGCAUGAUUGCCGGACCGCCUAUAGCUGGCGCCAUAUAUGAGUUCACGGGCAGAUGGGACGACUCCUUCUAUUUUGCGGGCAUAUUCAUAGCACUCUCCGGCGUCUGUUCGUAUAUGAUUGAGUUUUGUGAGAAGAAAGCAACUAAGGAGAGUGAUAGUGAUGUCUCAGAGACUAAAAAAGCUCAACUUUUACAUUAGAUUAAUAGUUACACACACACACAUACAUAACAUAAUGCCACUACUAUAGUUGUUAAGCUAAAACAAAAACACACACGGACACGCAAACAAUUGACAACAAAUUCAGUGCAAUUUCUGAUCCGCACUGUGGCCUAAUUACAAAUUAUAGACUAGCAUUAAAUGUUAUCACGUUUCUUAUGUCAAAUGCUGUUGCAGCUAUAAAACUCAGAGCAAGUUCUUAGUUAAAAUAAACAUAAUAUAUUAAAUUGAUGCGCAUAUAGCAUAAGCUAAGCAUAUUGGCUUGAGUACUAAUUAUAAUUAACUAAGUUAGAUAACGCACUAAGACAACUACAACUGUACGUAAACUCCAAUAAAACAAAACAAACACUAACUAACAACAAUUAUGCAUUAGAACAAACUAAUUGUAUAACAAAAUUAAAGCAAUAUCAAUGCAGUGCAUCACUGCCAUGCGCAAACGGGUUCCCCAAAUUGUCUUCUUUAUAAAGUUUAUAAAUAGUUGUAAUGAAAGGCUCCAAAAGAAACAAAAAUAUAUAAACAAACAAAAUAUUUAUACCAAUCUAUGUAACGUAUGCAAUAACUAAUUCAAUUACUGAAUUUUUCAAUCAAUUUAUAACUCACAAAGUCUUCAAACUGAAAUGAUUCAUAAUUAUAUAUAGUAUAUAGUAUAUGUAUCACAGCAUUAACCCGCAUUGCAAAUGGUUAGCGUUUUUACAAACAACAACAAAACCAAAACAGUUCAAGUAUUAUUAAAAGAUAAAAUUCAUCAAGCCACCACCACUUAGCGAAAAGUCUUACGCACUGAAAUCAACUUUAGUCUACAAUUCCUUAACCAAUAUAUUUAGCAAGGAUAAAGCACACUUUAAUUAAGUAUACAUUUAUAAUAGACACACACCCCCUUUAUAUACAUACACACACAUACGCGUACCAUAUACAACUGUAGUAAGUAGUAGCCUAGUUGUUGUUUCAAA